GAGGGCGGAGGCGGAGGCCGAGCGGACCCGCGGGAGAAGAGAGGGUCCACCAGGGUAGCCUAACGCCAUCUCCUUCGACUCCCGGCAGACCCUCUCGGGGUCCCGGGCAGAGGAGACAAGGACAAGGACUGGGACGAAGUUAAACAGUGGAGCCUUUUCUGGGGCACGAGGACAAUAGCCAGGACCCUCAGGGUGGGGAGCAUCGGAGUUCAGGGCUGCGGGAGUCAGCAGCCUGAGACGUGGAUCCGUGAGCGGGGGUACCGGUCCUGGCUAAGGGGACACAGAAUAUGGCGCCCCCAGGACGUUGAGGGCCGCCAUGGCCCUGGAGCAGGCAUUACAGGCGUCGCGUCAGGGGGACCUAGAGACCCUGAAGGCGCUGCAGCGGGCCGGUUCGUUACUGCCCUCUCUGCGUGACCCGCUAGAUGCUCUGCCCGUGCACCACGCAGCCCGGGCGGGCAAACUGCACUGUCUGCGCUUCCUGGUGGAGGAGGCGAACCUGCCUGCCACUUCCCGCGCCAGGAACGGAGCCACCCCGGCCCACGACGCCGCAGCCACCGGGCACCUCGCCUGUCUUCAGUGGCUCCUCACACAGGGCGGCUGUGGAGUGCAGGACAAAGACAAUUCUGGUGCCACAGUUCUACAUCUGGCUGCCCGGUUUGGUCACCCUGAGACAGUGGACUGGCUGCUUCGCUAUGGAGAGAGCGACCCUGCCUCAGCCACAGACACUGGAGCCCUGCCCAUUCACUAUGCUGCCGCCAAGGGAGACUUCCCCUCACUUCGACUUCUUGCAAGCCACUAUCCAAAGGGGAUAAGUGCCCAAACCAAGAAUGGUGCCACACCCCUCUACCUGGCCUGCCAGGAGGGCCACCUGGAGGUAACGCAGUACCUGGUACAAGAGUGUGAGGCUGACCCCCACACACGUGCCAGUGAUGGGAUGACCCCUCUUCACGCUGCUGCUCAGAUGGGCCACAGCCCCAUCAUUGUGUGGCUGGUGAGCUGCACCGAUAUCAGCCUUUCAGAGCAAGAUGAUGAUGGGGCCACUGCCAUGCAUUUUGCUGCCAGCCGGGGUCACGCCAAGGUGCUCAGCUGGCUGCUGCUGCAUGGCGGGGAGAUUACCACUGACUUGUGGGGUGGGACCCCCCUGCACGAUGCUGCUGAGAACGGGGAGCUGGAGUGCUGCCAGAUCCUAGUAGUGAAUGGGGCAGAGCUGCAUAUCCGGGACCGGGAUGGUUACACAGCUGCCGACCUCUCGGACUACAAUGGUCACAGCCACUGUACCCGCUACCUUCGCACUGUGGAGAACAUGAGUGUGGAACACCGAGUCCUGUCCCGAGACCCAUCUGGGGAGCCAGAAGGCAAGCAACCGGACUCAGGCAUGUCUUCACCCAACACCACCAUGUCAGCUCAACCCCCACACUUUGACCUCUGCUCUCCUACCAGCACUCUCUCCAACUACGAUUCCUGUCCCUCCAGCCGCUCCAGCACCCGAGGCCACCUGGGGGGCCCAGGGCCUAGGUUGAGCAACUCGACGGUCACAGACAUGCAGACCUACAUGGAUAUGUUGAAUCCUGAGAUGGGCCUUCAUGGAAGGAAGAAGGGAGGCCCCACCACCCCACCACCCCCACCUCGCUUCCCUCCACCACCCCCUCCCCCUGGCACUCAGAUUCCCCCACCCCCUCCUGCCUAUCCAGCUCCCAAGCCCCCCAGUGGGCAGCACACAGCUGAUAUCUACGUUCAGGCCAAGAGCAAACUUCGGCAUGUCGAGAAAGAGGCCCUGAAGAGGGAGCUGAGCUCCCACGACGGCCACGACGGGCUGCGGCGGGUGGACUCGGGCCGGAAGUCCCGCAGCUUUGGCAAACAGCCCAGCACCGGGGACUAUUACCGCCAGCUCGGCUACGGCCCCGGGGAGCCCCUGGCAGCCAGUCUGGGGAUGGCCCAUAGCGAGGAGGCCUCUCUCCUCUCCGGUAGCCACGUGCACAACGGCAGCGUCGCAGACCACAGGGUGUCCAGGGACCUACCGCCCCCGCCCCCGCCCCCACCCUUGCCCGAAGCCCUGAGUGCACCACCCCCACCGCCACCUUUGCCCAUCGAAGGGUCCGGGCCUGUCUGCAGCCAGCGCCGCUCCUCCUCUUCCACCGGCAGUACCAAGUCCUUCAAUAUGAUGUCCCCAACAGGAGACAACUCUGAACUCCUGGCAGAGAUCAAAGCAGGGAAGAGCUUGAAGCCAACGCCACAGAGCAAGGGCCUCACCACAGUCUUCUCAGGCAGUGGACAGCCCCCUUCUCUGACAGAUGCUCCGCCCCUGUCUCCAUCACUAUCCCGGGCCAGGAGCCCCACUCCACCAGCUAGUUCUAUUCCUGGGGCAGGAGGAGGCCCCCAUCAGCCUGUCCUCAAUGGCAGUGUGGCCCCACCACUGACUCCAGCACAGAACCUACAGCUGGAUGUCGAGACUCUGAUCCCCACACAUGAUGAGCAGGGCCGCCCCAUUCCUGAAUGGAAGAGGCAAGUGAUGGUGCGAAAGCUGCAGAUGAAGAUGCAGGAGGAAGAGGAGCAGAGGCGAAAGGAGGAGGAGGAAGAAGCCCGUCUGGCCAGUAUGCCUGCCUGGAGGAGGGACAUACUUCGGAAGAAGAUGGAGGAAGAGAGGGAACAAAAACGAAAAGAGGAGGAGAAACUUAGGCUGGAGGAGGCGCAGCGGGAGAAGGAGCAGUCGGAGAAGCUCAGGACACUGGGGUAUGACGAGACCAAACUGGCGCCCUGGCAGAGACAGAUAAUCCUGAAGAAAGGAGACAUUGCGAAGCACUAGGUGCAGCGAGGGCCCUCCCGCCUCCCGCCCCUGCCCCAGCCUUUGCUGCGACUCUCCCCGCCGGUCCCUCCCUCAGAGCUGCUGGGACGGGGGCUAGAAUUGGGGAGGGAGGAUCAGGCUAGGGCUUGGCGAGAUAAAUGGUCUGGGCUCUGCUUCUGGCAACAAGCCCUCGUCCUUCUGAUUUCUUUCCGACUCUCGGCCCCUACUCCAUCCCCCCACCCCCACAGUAUGGCCCUGUAGGUUUCGUCUCCACUAGAUCCCUCCUGCAUCCCGCCCAUCACCCCGGGGAAACAGCGCCGCAGUCUGCAUACAAAAAGUGCCCAAGCUGUGGACUCAGAGAGAACCGCUGCUGAUUUGCAUGCUAGUUUGCAUAUAAUUUGCAUGUUCACUAAAUGUCAAAAUGUACGAAUAUCUCCCAAACCCUGUGGGAGAGUGUUUCCCCCAGCCCCUUUUCUUGGUGUAGUCAGAUCUGCAGCCUCCGCCCUGACUCCUACUCCCCCAAAUUCAGUGGGGCUGACCUAACACAGACGGGGGUGGGGGUGGGGGUGGGGAGGAAGACUGCUGGUUGGGUAGUGCCUAGAGAGCUUGGACUGCAGCCCUGUGGGGCCCAAAGGUUUUUUCCUUUAAUUUGUAUUCUCCUCCCCCUUCCAUCUAGGCUUUUCCCAACCCUUAGUUCGAGAUCAGGGCUCACUUCCCAUCCUGGCUUGGCCCGCCCUCCCUCCAUUCCUCUGACAGUUUGCUUUCAGUCAUUUGUUUACCAGAAAGUGAAAGAAAAUUACCUACCCUGGAGCCCGAAUGGGCGCCCCGCGUGAUCCCUACACCCUUCCCCGCCCUCCACUUAUUCCCUGCCCACACGUAGCAUCAGCAGCCGCCUCUGGGGUACAGGCUUCCGCAUCUGCCAUAUUACCCCCGUAAGCCCUCCCCCAACCCGGAGGCCCCUUCCCUAGGUCAUUGCCAAGGGAACCGUUGGGGGAGGGGCGGGGAAAGGAGCAGGAUGGGGCUUUUGUGUUUUCUUUUUUUUUUUUUCUAAAUGUUUUUUGUCACUUUCCUCCCCUGACCCUCUGCGGAAAAGCCUCGGCCCUAGCCCCGCGUCUCCUGCCUCUUCUUUUCCUCCAUUAAAGGAAUCCACUGGUU